GGCGUCCUCUUAUCUGCUGAGGGGAAGUCCUAUCUGUCGGGUGGUGAUCGAGAGAUCGUUGCGAAGAGCGGAAUUGGCGCUAUAAACUGUUCCUGGAAUCGCCUCGAUGAAAUUCCGAAGCGCAUGAAGGUUCCUCCUCAUCAUUAUCGUUUGUUGCCGAUGACUCUAGUCGCGGCGAAUCCUAUAAAUUUCGGCAAACGUGGAAAACUCUGUACGGCUGAGGCGCUUUGCGCAGCUGCGUAUAUAACAGGGUACAAGGACUUCGCUGAGGAAACUCUCAAUGCAAGUUUCGGCUGGGGAGAAGAGUUCUUCGAGUUGAAUCGCGACGUGCUGGACUUGUACGCUGCGUGUAGCAGCUCUGAUGAAGUUGAGGAAGCGGAGAAGGACUUCUUGCGGAGCCUUGAGGAAGAGGCUGCCCAUCGGAAGAUGCGAAUGAUGCCCUCUAGCGACUCAUCGAGUGAUGAGGAAGACUAUGAAGAGGAGGAGACGAGAGAAGUUGAUGCGU